AUGCACGUCAUCCCCCUUCUUCUUCUUCUUCUUCCAAUUCGAACAACAGCACUCCGAGUCCGUCUAGAUUUUCAAAGAAAAGGAGCUUCCGUCCAUGUCGCAGGCCGAUUCGCUUCCUCGACCGUGACCACUACUACUUCUGCCACCACAAACCCUCGACCGCGACCACGAGUAGUACAGCAACCUCCGCCGUCGUCUUCCUCCUCCUCAAUACUACUUCAACAUCAUCGCCGACUCUUCACCACCGAGACCCUAAUCACCACCCUCACAACCGCCAGAAUGUCCGACGUUCCGAACGCCAUGCCCUCGAUGGUCAUUAUGUCGACCUCCAUCGUCUCCCUGAUAACGGGCUUCGUGCUCGGCGUCUACGCCAUCCGCGGCUACCUGAUUUCUCCCGAGCUCAAGGAAGAGCGGCGCCGGCACUUUGAGGAUCCCGUCGAGAGCGAGGAGUCCGAGGUGGACGAGGACGAUUACAUACUAGACCACGCGCCCAACUGGGCCAACGGGCUGGAGGCUGAUCAGCGCCAGGGGUUGCGCGCUCGCAACACUGCUGGCGAGAAAAAGAAGAAGACCAAGAAGACGGAGACGCCCGCAUUGGAUCCUACCGAGGAAUGCAAGCUUGUGUUGGUGGUGAGGACGGAUUUGGGUAUGACUAAGGGUAAAAUCGCAGCCCAAUGCUCCCACGCCACCCUCGCCUGCUACAAACGCCUCUUCUCGGCCGCCCAGCUCGAGCCCCAGUCGCUGUCGGCCCGCCUGCUCCGUCAGUGGGAGCGCAACGGCCAGGCCAAGAUCGCCGUGCAGACCAAGUCCGAGGACGAGAUGCUGGAGCUGAUGGGCAAGGCGCGCAGCUUGGGCGUUACUGCCGAGGUUAUUCAGGAUGCUGGCCGUACACAGAUUGCCUCUGGGUCUAGGACUGUGUUGGGUGUUGGCCCCGCGCCCAAGAGCUUGGUUGAUCAGAUUACUGGUCAUUUGAAGUUGUUGUAA